CUCUUCUCUCUCUCUCUCUCUGCGCUUUCUCCUUCUCUCUCUCUCUCCCUCCCUCUCUCCCCUUCUCUCCCUCUCUUUCCUUAAAAAUUUGAAAUUGAUGGGGUCCUUCUUCUACCGCUGAGCCUCAAUAUAAAUCAUUUGUGCUGUGAAUUUGUUUUUCUUCGCCAUAACGAGCGAGAUCUAGUCCCAAAUUUUGGAACCCUAAAAUGGGAAUUGGGGAUCUGCACGCCGAGCUCGUCUUUUGUGUGUGCUGUGUUUGGUUUGUGAGGAAAUGUAGGGAUCGUAAUGGCGUUCAGAUCGUGGGGUUUUCGUUUUGCGGCGAUUAGAUCGAGCAAGUUCCGAUCUUUUUUCACUCGGGAACGGUGAAUCUGGACUUGUUUGAGCCUGAUUUGAGAAUUUGGGUUCGGGAAUCUUAGACAUUUUCAAUUUUUGUUGAAUUUGUGAUUUUGUUGUCAUGGAUGAUGAUGUGUUGAACAUGCCCAAUUGGGGUUAUUAUGAACCCUUCAGGGGGGGACAUCUUGGUCUUCAGCUCAUGCCUGGAAUAACUGAACGAGACACAAAGCCAUUUUUGCCUGGUCGUGAUCCGGCUAUGCUAAUUGGUGCAAAUGGAACUUUUCACCCACGAGAUUGCGCUGUUUCAGAGGCACCAAUGCCAUUGAACUAUGUCAGAGAUAAUUGGAUAAACCCGAGAGAUAGGUUUUUUAAUAUGCAGCAGCCCACAAAUCCUAGUUAUGCUGUUCUUCCAGAGACAUCAGGAGCUCCUAACUUGCAAAUUAUACAGCCACCUGAUUCGUCAAGUGACGAGAAAGUGGAUAGAGUCGAAGAGGUAGCUGUCAAAAAGGAAGGUGGCCAGUCAAAGAAAAGGCAAACUAAGGGUGCUCUGUCGACUCCAAAAGCUAAGAAACCUAGGAAGCCGAAGGAUAAUGGCAAUGCUCCAGUUCAACGUGCGAAGCCACCGAAGAAGACUAUGGAGCUUGUGAUUAAUGGAAUUGAUAUGGACAUUUCUGGUCUACCUACUCCGGUUUGUUCAUGCACUGGGGCUCCUCAGCAGUGUUAUAGGUGGGGCUGUGGAGGUUGGCAAUCGGCUUGUUGCACCACAAAUGUGUCAAUAUAUCCUUUGCCAAUGAGCAUGAAAAGGCGUGGUGCAAGGAUAGCUGGGCGGAAAAUGAGCCAAGGUGCUUUUAAAAAGGUUUUAGAGAAACUUGCUGCUGAAGGUUAUAACUUUGCUAACCCUAUUGAUCUGAAGACUCAUUGGGCCAGACACGGCACCAACAAGUUUGUCACUAUCAGGUAGAUAGGUGCUGUUGAGACGCAUGACAUUUGGUCUGUUUCACCUGUAUAUACACCUGUGUGGUCUUUCACACAGAUGUUGAGUUAUUUGUUAUCCAAGAUUUUUCUGUUGUGGUACUUCUACCUAAAAUUUGGAUAUUCCGGUUCUUUUGUUCUUUUUCCCUCUUCGGCUUUUAUGUGAUAAGGGACAACCAUGUUGUAUGGCAUCAACAUUUAUGUAGAUGAGUUAUAACUAGAUAGACUAGCUUUGGAUAAUUCUCCUUCACAUUUUAAUUUAAAAUUGUUAAGAUUUUUCAAUGC